AUGGGCGUCGAACAGACCGGAAAGAGCAUCACCCUCAAGCAUGUCUCGGGCGCAUCCGCUGAGAUCUACCUGUAUGGAGCGACCGUCACCUCGUGGAAGGUGAAUGGCCGCGAGCACAUGUUCCUCUCCAAGAAGGCGGUCCUUGACGGCUCGGCAGCCAUUCGCGGAGGUGUCCCAGUCGUCUUUCCCAUCUUUGGCCCUCCUCCCUCGUCACCGCCCGAGUACGCUGCACUCACGAACCACGGCUUUGCGCGCAACCAGACGUGGAAGCUCGACCAGAUCCUUUUGGACCGCGACGAGGGUGUGUCCGUGCGCCUCGCCGCCCCGCCUCCACCCGAGUCCUUCCCAUACCACUACGACUUGACUUACGUGGUGACCCUUGCGGCCCACCAGCUCAGCUGUGACAUUCACGUCGUCAACCGCGAUUCAGAGGCGUUCCGCUUCCAGGCCCUCUUGCACAACUACCUCGCCGUCCCGGACGUCAGCCAGAUUUCGAUCUCUGGGAUUAACGCAGGCGUCAACUACAAGGACAAGGUUCUUGGCGGGUCUGAGGAGGAAACCGAUGGUAGCGCCAUCACAAUCACUGGCGAGGUUGACCGUGUCUACGCUAAAGUCCCCGGGCAGGAGGUGUGCGUCAACGACGGCCAGGGUGGCGGUUACAAGGUCCGCUUCCGCGGCUUCGAAGACUGUGUCAUCUGGAACCCCGCCGCCGAGACCGGCAGCAAGAUUGCCGACAUGGAGGACGGCGGAUGGAACCGCUACGUGUGCGUUGAGCCCGGAUUCGUGAGUCAGUUCAAGUCACUCGAGCCCGGACAGAAGUUCCUUGGCCAGGAGACAAUCACCCUUGUCGAAUCUCCUCGCCUGUAG